AUGGAAAAAUUAUUGCAGUGGUCGAUUGCCCAACAAAGCGGGGACAAGGAGGCCAUGGAGAAAAUCGGCCAACCUGACCCAAAAAUGCUCGAGCAGCUCUUUGGUGCUCCAGAUGAGCCUGCUCUAAUGAGACAGGCCAUAAGUGUGGUGGAAAACCCGGAGGCCUCCGACGAUGACAAGUUAGUCGCGUUGGAGAACUUCGAGAUGUUGAUCGAAAACUUGGAUAAUGCAAACAACAUCGAGAACAUGAAGCUCUGGCCCGCAGUCAUUGCUCAGUUGCUGAACUCCAACGUUGAAUUCCAAGUAUUGGCUGCCUCCAUCGUAGGCAUUGCCACACAGAAUAACCCAGACUCGCAGACGGCGUUUCUAGCCAAGGACAACGGUUUGUCCAAGCUUGUGCAAUUGGCGUCUGACUCUGCCACCCCAACUUCUCUUGUGUUGAAGUGUUUGUUUGCAAUGGCCAGUUUGGUGAGGAACUUCCAGCCUGGUACCGAGCAGUUCGUCAAGCUCGGCGGUCUCGAGGCCAUCAAGUUGCAAGGCUCUGACCACAGAAUGUUGUUGCGCAAGCUCUCUCUUCUCUCUGCGGUAUUGUCGACGGGAUUGGACGACGAAAAGAGGCAGCAUAUUCAUUCAGACAAGUUGGUCGAGCAGCUUGUGAACGUGCUUGCCAAAGACGGAAACGUUGGAUGCAUCGACAAGGCCCUCAAUAUUCUCACCCAGUUAAAUCACUUGAAGUUCGACUUCACCCCACAGGAGAUCUCUCAGUUGGCUGCCAACUUGGACACCAUCGAGCACAUGAGAGACCAGCUUUCACAUGACGACUUUGAUGCAGCAAGGCAAGUAGCUUCCUCUUAA